UCCUCCGGACUCUUUUGAGUGACGCGCACUUCCGGAGUCUCCCGGCAACUUUAGUAAGCGUGGUCCGCUUACUAAAGCCAGUUACUUGACUCGCGUGCGCGACCUUGCGCGCCUGUUUCUCGGCCUCAUGGCCGGACUGACCCUGUUUGUGGGCCGCCUCCCGCCCUCGGCUCGCAGCGAACAACUGGAGGAGCUAUUCAGUCAGGUGGGGCCGGUCAAGCAGUGCUUCGUGGUGACUGAAAAAGGGAGUAAGGCAUGUCGAGGCUUCGGCUAUGUCACUUUUUCUAUGCUGGAGGAUGUUCAGAGGGCCCUCAAGGAGAUUACCACCUUUGAAGGGUGCAAGAUCAACGUGACCAUUGCCAAGAAAAAACUGAGAAAUAAGUCCAAGGAAAAGGGGAAAACUGAAAAUUCAGAGUCCGCAAAGAAGGAGCUGAAGCCUAAAAAAGCCAAAGUGGCAGAUAAGAAAGCCAGAUUAAUUAUUCGAAACCUGAGCUUUAAGUGCUCAGAAGAUGACUUGAAAACAGUAUUUUCUCAGUUUGGAACUAUCCUGGAAGUAAAUAUCCCCAGGAAACCAGAUGGAAAGAUGCGUGGUUUUGCUUUUGUUCAGUUCAAAAACCUCCUAGAAGCAGGAAAGGCUCUCAAAGGCAUGAACAUGAAAGAGAUAAAAGGGCGGACAGUGGCUGUGGAUUGGGCUGUGGCAAAGGAUAAAUAUAAAAGUACACAGUCUGCUUCUGUCCCAGGUGAGGAGAAGAGGCCUGAACCUGAACAUCAGGAAUUGGGUCAAGAGAAUGGCAGGGAAGAAGAGGAUAUGGAGGAGGAGGAGAAUGAGAGUGAUUAUGAUGAUGACGAGGAUGAGGAGGAGGAGGAUAAAGAAUCAAAGCUGCCCAAACCUGUACAGAUUCACAAGAGGGCAGUCAAGAGGCCAGCACCUGCAGAAAGCAGUGACGAGGAGCAUUCUGAUGACGACAGCGACCUGGAGGAAAGAGAUAGUAUUGAUGGUGGAGAGGACCUGGCUCAGAGUGAUACCAGCAGUGAAGAGCAAGAGGAGGAAGAAGUCUCAAAGAAGAAGAGGAAGAAGAGGAAAUUACCCUCUGAUGUGAACGAAGGGAAGACUGUCUUUAUCAGAAACCUGUCCUUUGACUCAGAGGAAGAAGACCUUGGAGAGCUCCUGCAGCAAUUUGGAGAUCUUAAAUAUGUCCGAAUCGUCUUGCAUCCAGACACAGAGCAUUCUAAAGGCUGUGCAUUUGCCCAGUUCAUGACUCAAGAAGCAGCCCAAAAAUGCCUUGAAGCUGCUUCUCCAGAGGCUGAGGGUGGUGGACUUAAACUGGAUGGCCGGCAGCUUAAGGUUGACUUGGCAGUGACCCGUGAUGAGGCUGCAAAACUCCGGACAAAGAAGGUGAAGAAGCCGACUGGGACCCGUAACCUCUAUCUGGCCCGAGAAGGCUUGAUUCGUGCUGGGACGAAGGCUGCAGAGGGUGUGAGCGCUGCUGAUAUGGCCAAGAGAGAACGAUUCGAGCUGCUGAAGCAUCAGAAACUCAAGGACCAAAAUAUCUUUGUCUCCCGGACCAGGCUGUGCCUGCACAAUCUCCCAAAGGCUGUGGAUGACAAACAGCUCAGAAAGCUGCUGCUGAAUGCCACCAGAGGGGAGAAGGCGGUGCGCAUCAAAGAGUGUCGGGUGAUGCGAGACCUGAAAGGAGCUUAUGGGAAAAUUAAGGGUCAGUCCUUGGGCUACGCCUUUGCAGAGUUCCAGGAGCACGAGCAUGCCCUGGCAGCCCUGCGCCACAUCAACAACAAUCCGGAGAUCUUCGGGCCUCAGAAGAGACCAAUAGUGGAAUUCUCUUUGGAAGAUCGAAGGAAACUUAAAGUCAAGGAACUGAGGAUCCAGCGCAGCCAGCAAAAAGUGAAAUCCAAGCCUGGAACUGGUGAGCCCCAGCAGGUACCACCAGAACCUGGGAAAAAGCAACAGAAGGCAGCUCAGAACCACAUGCAGGAACAAAGCCAGGCCUCCGUGCAGCAGAAGAGGACAGCAGACUCUGUCUCGUGGGCAGGGUUCCAGACCAAGGCCGAAGUGGAGCAUGUGGAGCUGCCUGAUGGGAAGAAGAGAAGAAAGGUCCUGGCACUCCCUUCACACCGAGGCCCCAAAAUUAGGUUGCGGGACAAAGGCAAAACGAAGCCUCUCCCUCCCAAGAAGCCAAAGCCCCAGACAAACCACCAGAAGCAAGAGAAGCAGAAAUUACCUUCCAAGCAGGUACCUAGAAAAAAAGCUAAAGGAAAUAAGACAGAAGUUCGCUUCAACCAGCUGGUGGAACAAUAUAAGCAGAAAUUAUUGGGACUUUCUAAAGGAGCUCCUCUUGCAAAGCGGAGCAAAUGGUUUGACAGUUGAUGAUGCUAGAAGGCGGGGUAAGGAACUGGAUUGUGUGCAUCUUGGUAACGCUUCCUCCCCCCACCACUUGUCACUUACGAGGGAAGAAGCCCCCUGAGAGCACUGCCACUUCGGGAUGUGAACGUUUGGACUUUGGUUCCUCCUGUGCGUGGUUAGCUAACCACAAAGAGGAAUAUCAGAAAAACAUGUGACGCUUUUUACAAAUUCUGAGUGAAGUUGUGUCUAUUAAUUCUUACUUAUUUUAAUUGUGUUUCUCAAAUGGAAACAAUUAUAAAAAGCAUUCUUGACUACCAAAGUUUUAAGAUGUAUAUUUUGUUAAGUGUCUUCUCUAAAUGAGUUAAUUUGUGGCUUUUUGAAUAACAGACUCUCAUUUUUAAUAUAUGUGACUCCUUUAUUAUAAUUUAUAAAUGUAUUCCCAACUCUCGUUCAGUCAUGUAGGCCUACAUACUGCAGGAAUUAAGAAAGAGCAGAGAAAAAUGAUUUCCAACCUAAUCUCUGAGGUUGGGAGAAACUUGGAAAGUAAUCGAGGGCAUGGGGCCUGGCCAGGAGCAGCGCUUGAUAAUUGUCUGUCAAGUGAGUGGGGAGUAGCUGGUAGUAACUUGGAGUCGUUUGCAGUGGCCCACAGACCCAGCCUGGCUGGUGCUAGCCUACGUUUCCUGUCUUCCAGCACCACCUCCUGUGGACUCAGAGACGGAGUGGGUAGUGGAGAGAGCAGUGAGCAGGAGGCCAGAGAAAGAGUUGGAAAUACAGCACAGAGUUCUUAGUUCCCCAGUCCAGUCUGGUGCUAUCAUGAGAGAGGCUUUCUUCAGAACUGUUGCUGACCUAAGGAUAUCACUAUUUCAUUGCAGUAUCUUGGGAAACUCGUGAAUGCUCAGAAAUGCUCUUAACUGGCUUAAUGAUGGGUAAAAGACCAUGAAAAUGCUGAAAGCUUUUGGAGAGAACUUGUCUCCAGAGUUACCUUGAGACUGUGUGACCUGGGGAGUCCUGGCAGCAGCUUGGCAGCCCAUCAACCCUAGGAUGGAGUCAAGACACGUUAUUAAGGGUGUAUUAAUGCAUAGAAUAUCCACAGCCUGUCUGUCCUUUGCUCUGUUUUCCCUUCUCCAACUCUCUGCCCACCAGACAGUUUUUCCCCUGUUGUCCAAAUAUCUAUAAAUUAACCUUUAAAAAUAAUCUUAACAUUUAGGAUAGAGAACAGUUGGUGUUCAUUCAGAUAGCUUUGCCAGAUUUUCUCAGAUCCAGAUGUUUCUCCUGACAGGUUUAGCAACCCGGUAUGUUUAAAACAUCAUUCAGUUGCCUGAAAAGUUCUUUGAAAAGUUCUUUAAAAAUUUCUAGGGUGAAUCAUCCACUUUCUCAACACCCAGAUUCCUUGUGUGACGUCCUCCUGGGGGGCACAUUACCACCGGUUAUCUGGGCAGCCUCUUACGGUUGCCUUGGGAGUUUUAACGCAAGGAUAAUUGUGCCCACUUCUUCACUUCAAAGCCUGAUGUUUCAUGAAAUGGAAUUUUCUGAAUUAAACAUGAAAGUGGACUUAUGGGCUCCUUGGUUCAAAAACAACAUCAAGACAAACAUUUCCUUUAACAUCCAAGACUGAAGGCUGUCGGUCAGAACUGUCAAGCGUCGGUAGAUUUUCUGGCUCGAUUAUGCAGCAGCUUGACUCAGAGAUACUUCUUUUAAAUAAAGAGUCUUAAGAUUG